AAUUAGCAAGUAGUCCAGGAGUGCUUCCUUCUAUACAACAGGCUGCACAAGCUGUUCUUCAGACUGGUUGGAGUAUAUUAUUGCCAACUGCAGAUGAAAGAGCACGAGCGUUAUCAUCUCUUUUACCUGGAACAGGAACUCAAAAUGAAUUUGCAUCAAUUAACCCUGGUCGACAAUUUAUGACUGAGUUGUUAGUCGGUAGUCUUAUGGCUGAUGGUGGACUUGAAAGCUCAUUGUUAGCUGCUAUUAAGGUGGAAAUCCAAGAAAUGGAAGAAAUAAGAGAAAAAGAAGUAUAUAGAGAUAAAGAUCAAGAUAAGGAAUUGCUGAUGACUACUAGUGGAGAACAAUUAAUGACUGAGCAAGCCUUAUUAGAAUCUGAAACAAAACGUACACAACAGGUGUCUCAUACAGAUGAUUCAUCAGUAAUUCCUCUCUUACAUCUUGUUAAACAGUUAUUAAAGAACAUAGCAUCUCAAACAUUAUCAAAGUUACAAAGUUAUUUCCCAGAAAAUAUGAAUUCCCCAGAAGCAAACAAAGGAGAUUGUUUUGAUAAAGGUUCAAGAUCAGCAUCUUUGGAUCUUUUACGAAGAUUUCAAAGACUUCUAUUAUCUCAGCUUUAUCCUGCUGAGAAUGAAAAAGCUAGAUCAUCGUCAUUAUUAUAUGAUAGUGAAAUAGCUGGAGCAAUCUCUCUCUUACGAAAAUAUAUUAGUCUACUCACUACAUUUACAACUGAUUGCUUAGCUGUUGCUACAACAUUGGCGUCAAACAGUUGCUAUUAUUUCUCCCUUGCUGCUAGUGUAAUUGAAAGUGAUUUAUCAGGUGUGCUUUUGCCUGAACUGUUAAUAUGUCUUGUAAUGUUAGAGUUAGAAGUACCAAAUAUAAUGCAAGAUGCAGGAGUUGUGUCUUUGUUAAAACCUAUAUUUCAACAGUUAAAUUAUUUCAAUCGUCUUGCACCAGGAAUGGAUCGUGAAGAUGGAGAAGAUUUAGCCUGGCCGGGAAUUAUACAUCGUGCACAUAGUUUAACUACUCAGAAAUUAAAUGAAGAUGUCCCUGUUAUACGUAAAGCAGAUUUAGAAAACCAAAACAAAGAUGGAGGAUUAUGGUUGGUCAUUCAAGGCAAAGUUUAUGAUGUUCAAGAUUUUAAAGAAAAUGCUCCAUGUGGUAUUGAAACUCUUCAACAUUAUGCAGGGAGAGAUGCAACUCAUGCAUUUGAAACUGCUGGUCACAGUGAAGAAACAAAAGAAAAAAUGCUUUCAUUUGCAAUUGGUAACUAUAGCGAUCCAGAACAAGAAUUGGUUCAACUCGUAGAUCAUUCAACUUUAUCAUCUCCGUUGAUUGACGCCGAACGCACUCUUGCUUACCUACUUGGUUUAAAUGCACGAAAUCAAACUAUCGGACCUCCUUUACAGUCUUGUGAAAAACAGGCAAAUCAUUGGUUAUCUGCAUCAUUAUUCUGUGGAGGUCUUCAAGCUCUUCAACCACCUAAUCCUUUUGAAGAAGAAAAAGGUGAAGUAAGAAGUACUAGUUCAAGUACAGCUACACCAGUUUCAGGCAAUACUCCAACCGAGCCUUUACCAAAGUUUGAAUGUUCGGAAAAUUCAAGUUUAGUGGCAAACAAAGAUAAGUCAGGUCCAUUUUUAGAAGCUCUGGCUGAAAGUAAAUUACAAGACAGUAAUAUUACAUCAUUUUUACAAUUACUCGAAAGUUACUGUAAACAGCAUCAUUUGACACUUCACAUGGAUUUUCCUUCAGAUCAUCCCGUAGAAGAAGUUAGCAGGCUGCUGCUAGCAUUACUUUUGAAACAUUUAAGAUUAGGAAAUAUAUGUCUUUCACUUGCGGAACAAGUUUCUGAGGCAGGAUCUAGUAGCGAAUACUUAGAUAAAUUACCAAAAAUUUUGGAAAAUGUUUUAAGAAUAGUUCAGCAGGCCAAAUGGUGUUUAAUAAAGGCUCGCCAAGACCUUAAUGGCUCUUAUAAAGAAGUAUGUUUACCAGUAUUUGAACGAUGUAGAUUUCUGUUUUACGAACUAAGACCUGCAACGAGUAUUGAAGUACAAGCUUUAGCCAAACUCAAAAUUUUGAAUACAGUACCAAAAUGGAAACAUAUUACGAAUCACUUAAUAAAAGAUCGGAAAGUGUCCAAAGUGUCAAAGAGUAAAUCAGAUGGUAUGGGAGUAAAAAAUAAAGAUCAUCACGAAGAGACAGAAAAUGUAGAAUUGCAGCAGGGUCUUCGAAAAAUUAAAUAUCAGCCUUCUUUUAAAAAUAUAAACUGUCAUAAAGAUGGAAAUUGUUUAGAAAAUGGAUUAUGUACUACAAAUGAUCUGGAAACACUUGCCCAUCAAGUUGUGGAAUUUGUCUUACAAGAUGAUAAUGUAGACAUUGAAAUUAUACGUAAGGCAUUAUACUGUCAGAUGGAAAGAGCAAAAUUCAGGCAAAAAGGCAUUGAAUCAAUACUGGAAUUAUUAAAUCAAGAUCAUUUAAUUCCUUCUAUAAAAUAUUUUUUACUAAAUGGAUGGCUAGGACUUAUUAAAGUUGGUGGAAUGAAAUGUGAAACUUUACCUCACUGCUUAGAAAAUGUGAGCCUAAUUCCACCUUAUGAUAGAGUAAUGUUAGAAUUAACUUAUGGAAAUUUUGCCAGAUGGGUUAUACAAGAAUUAAAAACUUUAGUAUUAAAUACAGAAGCAUACUGUAAUUCAUAUAUUCAAGAAUCAAAUGUGAAACAGAAGCAAACAAAAUUUAAACAGUGCAGAAAAAUCGAAACAGGAGGAAUUACCAUUGGAUUACUUCGAUCUGCUCGAUUUCUAUUAACAAUUAUGGGAACAUUAGUAGGAGAUCAUCAUGCUGAAGAGAUUAGCAUGUUAUUGAAUUCUGGUGUUUUAGCUCUACUACAAACAUUAAUGAGAUUACUUGGUCCAGAUCCCAAUGGAAUAACAGAAGACAAAAAUACCACUUUAUGUGCAGUGUUAGAAGAAACUGUAAAGAAACCAAAGCCACCAUUACCUCCUUUAAGUGGACCUGAAUUGGCAUCAAUGAUGAAAAUUGGUACAAGAGUUGUUAGAGGUGUUGAUUGGAAAUGGGGAGAUCAGGAUGGUCCACUCCCCGGAGAAGGACGGGUAAUAGGCGAAUUGGGAGACGAUGGAUGGAUCAGAGUUCAGUGGGAUAAUGGCUCUACCAACUCAUACCGAAUGGGCAAAGAAGGGAAGUAUGAUUUAAAGUUAGCAGAACCACCUCCCCAACCUGAAUUUGAAUCAAGUUCUGAAUCAGAUGAAGAUGAAGUUCUUCCAGUUUUGCCAUCUGCAUCUGAACCAGGCAUGUUACUUCGUCAAUCAUGCUUAUUGUUGUUAAGAGUACUUUACAUAGAGAUAGGGAUUCAUGCCGAUGGAGCUCAGAAAGAAGCUGUCAAAAUCUCUUCUAGUUUAUUACGAACAAUUUUACUAAUUAGUCAUAAGCAAAGAGAAGUAAUAUUUCCUUGGAAUUCGUGGUUGGCCGAGGAACAACAUCACGAGUGGGCUACUUUGGGUUUCAUUCGAAGCGUAGCGACUAGUUCGACUAUGUGCUUACACUUAAGUACUUCUCCUUGGAUUUCAUUAUUGCUGAAAAUAGUUAAUGGAGUUAACCAAUCCAUGGGCGCAUGUGUUUCAAUUCAGGUUCAAGCUUUAAGAUUACUUCAAACUGUUUUACCCACAUGGACAUCAGAAGAUUAUGAUAGUGAAAAAGCUGCAGUUAUUGACCAAAUUUUCAAUUUACUUGGACAAAUAUUAACAUCUUGUUCUUUGGAUCCAACUCUUCAGUCUGUAGAUAUUCCUCGUAAAGGACACAGAUUUUCAAAAGCUAAAGUAUCUUUAACAGCUUCUCACAGCAGCACUAUAGCGGAAGAAAGCAUUUGUCUUUUACGUCAUCUUCAUGCACUACCUUCCUGGAAUAAUUGCAUUAACAAAUAUCUAAUCAAUCAAAUGAAAAAUAUUGUUGAAAAUUCUCAUAGUUUUAACGAACAGAGUGAAACCAUUCCAUUUUUAAAGUCUCAUGUAUUGGAAGUGGCCGUAAUGGCCGUUCUUGGAGGUGUUGACAAGAGAAUUCGUCUGGGAGGAAACGUCAUUCACGAUGACAUGGGAAUAGGAACUGUUGCCAAAAUAUCUCCAAAUGGAAAGAUUUCUGUUCAUAAUCAUAAUCAUCAUUCUAUCGUGAGAUUUACUCUUAAUCAGUUAAAUAUGCAGGCUCCACAAACAGAAUUUAAAAUUGAGAAAUUACCAAAAUCUGAAGAGCUGAUUGGAAUUUGGACUCAGUUGAUUAGUUUAGCUGGAACUUCAACUUUCAAGUCGGAACAGGAUAUCAAAACUUCAUCGCACAGCAUGACAUCAUUAAGUAUUGAUGGAAAUAAUAUUAAUAUCAAACUUCUUCAACACCAUCAGAAACUCUUUGGCUUAAUUAAAGCCACAAGAAUAUUAUUCAGCCACCAGGAAUUAUUACGUGAUAUUCUUAGCCAACCGGUUAUCACAGAGAAACAAAUAUCAGAAAGUAGUACAAAUUCUCUAUUGGAAAAAUCAAAUCAUAACUUGAGUGAAACAGAAGAAUCAGAAAUGGAAACAGUUCUGUUAAUUCAACAAUUGAUGGCCACUGCUACUAAACCAUCACCAUUAAAAACAACUUUUGGAAGAGAAGAAUUAGAGGCAGCAGCUUUAGCUCUGACUCAGUUCCUAAUUGCAGAAGUGUCGAAACCUUUUUCUCAACCAUCAACAAUAGUUAAAGACAUUACAAACCACAGUCCAACAAGUGACGGUGGCAGUAGCAGUGGAACGACCGAUCAAUCUCCCGAAAAUCCGAUACCUCAUGUUUCUACUCCGAGACCUCGACGUAACCGUCCGAAACUUCGUACUCCUCCGCCACCACCGCCACCUGCUGUACAACAGUUAAUUGAAAUGGGAUUUCCCCGUAGAAAUGUAGAAAUAGCUGUUAAAGAAUUGGCUAGAGGAACAGAUAUGAUUCCGAGUCCAGAAGCUCUUGUCAGUUGGCUCUUAGAACACCAAGAACAAGUACUUAAUUUAUCAGAAGAUGAAAGUUUUACUUCUUUAGAUGGAUACACAGACUCUGAUUCUUUUUCGGAAGAUUUAGAAGAUAUAGAUUCACAAGAACCUCCGAUACAAGAAACAUAUAGAAGACGAAAUGAAUUUCUAAACAACGAUGACUAUGCCGAGUAUGUUCGGGAUCACAUCCAACCCGGCAUGUGGGUACGUUGCUGUCGAACUUACGAAGAUGUACAUGAAAAUGAUAUUGGCAAAGUCAUAAACUUGGACAGAGACGGUCUUCAUGAUUUGAAUGUUCAAGUUGAUUGGCAGCGAAAAGGAGGAACUUACUGGGUGUGUUACGUUCAUGUUGAACUAUUAGAUCCACCGUCUGUGAUCGGAUUAAAUACGUGUACAGCUUCCGGAACAACUAGUGAUUCUCCUUAUUCAUUUAAUGCCAUCAAAGUGAGAGAUCGAGUGAGAGUUAAACCUUCUGUAACCACUCCAAAAUAUAAAUGGGGUUCUAUUAGCCAUAAUAGUGUUGGAGUAGUUUCAUCUAUUAGUUCAAAUGGCCGAGAUGUAACUGUUGAUUUUCCGCAACAAUCUAAUUGGACUGGACUAUUAAGUGAAAUGGAAAAGGUACUGAGCGUACACGAACGUGUAACUUGUGACGGAUGCAAAAUGACUCCGCUGAAUGGGUCGAGAUACAAAUGUCGUGUUUGCCAUAAUUUUGAUUUUUGUGAAAAUUGUUUUAAAGUUAAACAUAAUCACAAACAUCCAUUUAAUUGUAUUAGUGAUCCUGGAGCUAUCCCCGCUUAUGCUGGCUAUCCUGGACGGCAUCGUAAAAUGAAUAAAGAAUCUCCUCCCGUUCUUGCAUUGGCAGGAUACAUAGAAGAAUGGUCUCAGUGCGUUAAGAAUUUAACUGUUUCGUCUCGGGAAAAUUGGGCUUAUCGUUUGAUUGAUGGUACUUGUUAUUUCUGGCAAAGUUGUGGAACUCAGGGAAAGCAUUGGAUACGUUUAGAAAUGCAACCGGAUAUUUUGGUUCAUAGACUUCGCAUGACGGUCGAUCCUGCUGACUCUAGUUACAUGCCUUCAGUUGUAGUUUUGAGCGGUGGACCUAGUGUUUCCUCUCUGAAAGAAUUAAAAACCAUCCACAUCGGACCAACUGAAACACUUGUUACAUUACUUUCUGAUCAAGCUGAGUAUUAUCGCAUUGUUGAAAUAGCCAUUAAACAGUGUCGCAGUGGUGGGAUCGAUUGCAAAGUUCACGGAUUAACGAUAAUUGGACGUCUGCGAACGGACGAUGACGAUCUGGUUGCAAACUAUCCAUACUUAGUUUCGGAGGAAGAAGAAAAUGAUGAACAACCGCCAUUUUUGUGUUCUCAAAAAAGAGGCAAGCAUGACAUGCGCCACGAUCUUCAGAUAAAAGUAUUUGUUUGGGGACUAAAUGAUAAAGAUCAGCUUGGUGGAUUAAAAGGUUCUAAAGUCAAAAUACCAACUUUUUCUGAUACACUGUCUGCUAUAAAACCUCUGUAUAUUUCCGGUGGCUCAAAAAGUUUAUUUAUAGUAUCACAAGAUGGUAAGUUAUAUGCUUGUGGAGAAGGUACAAACGGUCGACUCGGAUUGGGUCAUUGUAGCAAUGUUGCUAUUCCUAGACAAGUGACUUCUCUUGGACAAUAUGUUGUUAGAAAAAUCGCUGUUCAUUCAGGUGGACGGCAUGCUUUAGUUUUAACUGUUGACGGAAAAGUAUUUUCGUGGGGCGAAGGGGAUGACGGUAAAUUAGGACACGGAAACAGAGUAAAUUAUGAUCGUCCGCGUCUGAUCGAAGCUCUUAAAUCUAAGAGAAUUCGAAAUAUUGCUUGUGGUAGUUCACACAGUGCCGCCGUUUCGUCCAAUGGAGAAUUGUACACUUGGGGUCUCGGAGAAUAUGGAAGACUCGGCCACGGAGAUAAUUUGACUCAACUCAAACCUAAACAGGUAACUGCUUUAGCAGGAUUAAGAGUUGUACAGGUAGCAUGCGGAAGCAGAGAUGCCCAAACUCUAGCUCUAACAGACGACGGAAUGGUAUUCUCUUGGGGUGACGGAGAUUUUGGAAAAUUAGGACGGGGAGGCAGCGAAGGUUGUAACGUUCCGCAUAACAUAGAAAGAUUAAAUGGCCAAGGCAUUUGUCAAAUUGAAUGUGGUGCUCAAUUUUCUCUUGCACUAACAAAAUCUGGACAAGUGUGGACGUGGGGGAAAGGAGAUUAUUUUCGAUUGGGUCACGGUUCGGACUCGCACGUCAGAAGACCUCAAAUAGUCGAAGGAUUAAGAGGAAAGAAAAUAGUCAACGUGGCUGUGGGAGCACUUCAUUGUUUAGCCGUAACAGAUACCGGCCAGGUUUAUGCAUGGGGCGAUAAUGAUCAUGGCCAACAGGGAAAUGGAACGACAACAGUGAAUUGUAAACCCGCUCUUGUCCAUGGGUUAGAAGGCAUUAAAAUUACUCACGUAGCAUGUGGAUCGUCUCACAGUAUAGCAUGGACUUCUGCAGAAGUGGUUCUUCCUCGAGUACCUGAAGCAGUUCAUUUCAAUAUUCCAAAAGAUCCUCUUGGAGCUUCUUCGUUAACCAGCAAAGAUUAUCCUUCGGAGGAUGCACCCGGAGCCGCACUUUCAUCAUACGAAUUGACUUCAAAUAAUUUAGGAAAUAAACUCGCCAGGCCGACACUAUCUAAAAUUUUACUGUCACUUGAAACUAAUGCUGCUAAACAACAGGCGUUACAUCAAGUUCUUUAUACACUUCAAAUUCUUUAUGCAAGAGAAGCUGUGAUUUCUGCACUUUUGUCUCAUACCGAUUUUACCAAUAUAUCUGCUCAAGUAGAAAGUCAAGAACAGACCCCGACACACGAAAUGCAUAACAUUCCAUUAGAUAUAGUUGCUAGCAUGAAUGCUGGAAAAAUUAAUCAUUCAAAAGGAAGUGGAGUAAUUCUGACCAAGAAAAAUAAGUUAGUUCCCAGUUUUGAGGAAGAUUACCAUUACAUGCCUCAUGAAGUAAUUUCUUUACCAUCACUGUCCAGUUCGGGAAGCUUGUCAUCCAAAGUGUCUUCUGCUGCUGCCAGCGUACUCGCUGCUACGUUUUCAUCCAGUGAACAGGUUGCAUCAACAGAAACGGGACAACCAGAACCAUAUCUUGACGAUUUUACUGCUAAGUUAACACCUGACGAUGCAAGAGUGUUAGUCGACUUGUUAAAAUUAGCAGUCGCUGGUCGAGCGGGAGAAAAAGGAAAAGACACUAUAGCCUCAGUUUUAACUGCUAUGGGAAAAGCUAACUCUGAAAUAGGAGAAAUGUUAUUAGAACUGUGUGUGACAGAAUUAGAAGAUGUGGCAGCCGAUACAGAUGUUACAAGAAUGCGACCUCGUCCAGUCAUACAAGAAUCCAGUCAUCCGUAUAUUGACGACAUUACUUUGACUGGUCAUGUAAAAAUUCCAGGAGCGGAAAGUCUCAGAGUUGAAUUUGAUCGUCAGUGUUCCACAGAGAGACGUCAUGAUCCAUUAACUAUAAUGGAUAGUUUAGGAAGAAUAGUGGCGAUUAAAUCGGGUCGAGAGUGGUUCGACUGGGCCACGGAACUGCAUGUGAAUGGUAACGAAUUACGUUGGAAUUUCAGUAGUGAUGGAUCAGUGAAUGGAUGGGGAUGGCGUUUCACUGUCUAUCCUAUAGUGACACCAAACACCGAUAAGGAGGCACUUUCAGAUCGGUCCAUCAUGUCUCAGCCACUGAUCGAACUGGUAAUGUGCCUGUUGGAUUCGUCUCUGGAAGGUUGUGCGGAUCGUGCCAUAGUUUCACGUCUGGCUGCGGCACUAGCGGCCUGUGCCCAAUUAAGUUCAUUAGUGCCAUCACAGAGAAUGUGGGUUCUACAUCGACUCAGACGUCUCAUGGCGUCGGGAUUAGGAAAAUCUUUGAACAUUGCAGAAAUAUUAGCAAGUAGUCAUUACAGUGGAAUUUCUCCAGAUGAGGCCAUUUCUCAAUCAUUUUCACUCAAUGAUUCUGCGCUUUCCUCAUUAGUCAAAGGAUUGCCAGAAGCACUACUGCGACAAUAUGAGUACGAAGAUCCUAUUGUUAGAGGAGGAAAACAUCUAAUGCAUAGUGAUUUCUUUAAGGUUUUAGUUGCCCUGGCCUGUGAUUUGGGUUUAGAUUCUUUGUCAUGCUGCAGUGAAAACCAUCGUUGGUUGUGGUUUCGUCGAUAUUGCGUCGCCGCCCGGACAGCCUCUGCUCUCGUUCGUCGCACGCCUUUGCCGACCGCAUUUACAGAAGAAGUUAUGAAAAAAAUUAAAGAAAUGGUACCAGAAAAUGAAAUAAUAACAUACGAACAUGAAAGUCAUGAGUUAUUUAAAAAGGAACAUGAUGACCAAUUAAUUUUAUGGGUAAAUAGAAAACCAGAAGAUUGGACCAUGUCGUGGGGAGGAAGUGGCACGAUAUUCGGUUGGGGUCACAAUCACAGAGGACAGUUGGGUGGUGUGGAAGGAGCCAAAGUCAAACUUCCGACUCCUUGCGAAUCUCUAACCUCUUUAAGACCCAUCCAGAUAUCGGGAGGCGAACAGACGCUCUUUGCAGUUACCGGAGACGGAAAGGUAUAUGCAACGGGAUACGGUGCAGGAGGCAGACUUGGUAUCGGAGGAACGGAAUCAGUUGCAUCUCCCACUCUGUUGGAAAGUAUUCAACAUGUAUUUAUUAAGAAAGUAGUGGUGAAUUCGGGAGGAAAACACUGUCUCGCUCUAUCAUCCGAAGGUGAAGUGUACUCUUGGGGCGAAGGAGACGACGGAAAAUUGGGGCAUGGAAAUAAGAGCUCUUGCGAAAGACCUAGAAUAAUUGAAUCAUUAAGAGGAAAAGAAGUUGCCGACAUCGCUUGUGGAGGAGCGCACAGUGCCUGCAUCACUUCUUCCGGAGAAUUAUACACAUGGGGAAAAGGAAGAUAUGGAAGACUCGGACACGGAGACAGUGAAGAUCAGUUACGUCCUAAGCUGGUAGAAGCUCUGGCAAAUUUUGCAGUUGUUGACGUUGCCUGCGGCAGUGGCGAUGCACAGACAUUGUGCAUUACAGAUGAUGAUUGUGUGUGGUCUUGGGGAGACGGCGAUUACGGAAAACUUGGACGCGGUGGUAGCGACGGCUGUAAGGUGCCUUUGAAAAUUGAUGCCUUACAGGGUAUGGGCGUCAUAAAAGUCGAAUGUGGCUCUCAAUUUUCUGUAGCUCUAACUGCAUCUGGAAGUGUUUUCACUUGGGGAAAAGGCGAUUAUCAUAGACUGGGACACGGAACCGACGAUCAUGUUAGAAGACCUAGAAAAGUUGCAACGCUACAGGGGAAAAAAGUGAUAUCCAUAGCAGUUGGAUCGCUCCAUUGCGUGGCUUGUACUGAUAAUGGUGAGGUGUAUACGUGGGGAGACAAUGACGAAGGACAGCUGGGAGACGGAACCACCAAUGCCAUACAGAGACCACGUCUGGUCUCGUCUCUACAAGGGAAGAAAAUUAACAGAGUCGCUUGCGGUUCGGCUCACACGAUCUCCUGGUCGACCUGCAAGCCAAGUACAACGGGUCGCCUGCCGACUUCAGUGCCUCUCGAAUACGAUCAUCUUCAGGACGUACCUGUUUCCGUUUUACGAAAUCGUUACGCUCUGCUUUAUCACUUCUCCGAGCUUUUUUGUCCUUCUAUACCAAUGUUUGAUUUAUCUCCCUCUUGGAAACACGGAGGGGAAAACGACAAUUUUACGCUCAGUCUCGAUAAACUGAGAGGACUUCUGAUCUCUUCGGGAAAAGAAACAGCUUUUAGGAAAGUUGUUCAAGCUACAAUGAUUCGCGACAGACAGCAUGGUCCAAUAAUAGAACUGAACAGAAUUCAAGUGAAACGGUCGAGAUCGAAAGGUGGACUGGCUGGUCCGGACGGAACAAAAUCAGUAUUUGGUCAAAUGGUAUCUAGAAUGGGUCUUUUGACACAAGAGAGUUUGCUCCUUCCUCAUCGAGUGUGGAAAGUGAAAUUUAUGGGAGAAAGCGUAGAUGAUUGCGGUGGAGGAUAUAGCGAAUCCAUAGCCGAAAUGUGUGACGAAUUACAGAAUGGAUCAUUGCCACUUCUCAUGUUGACUCCUAAUGGACGAGAUGAAGCGGGCACAAACAGAGACUGUUUCUUGCUUAAUUCUGCAGCAAGGUCUCCGCUUCACAUGAAUAUGUUUCGUUUUCUAGGGAUAUUAAUGGGAAUAGCAAUGAGAACUGGUAGUCCAUUGAGCAUUACUUUAGCAGAACCAGUAUGGAAACAGUUGGCAGGAAUGCCCCUUAAUCCUGCAGAUCUUACAGAAGUGGACAGAGACUACGUUCCAGGUCUUAUGUGUAUCAGAGACAUGGAAGCUGAAGCUUUUCAGCGUUUAGACAUGCCCUUUAGCACUUCGAGUGCAUCAGGUCAGGAUGUUCGUCUCAGUUCCAAGUAUCAUCGCAUCACUAUUGAAAAUCGAUUGGAAUACAUAAAACUGGCAUUGAAUUACAGGUUACAUGAAUUUGAUGAACAAGUUGCUGCAGUACGAGAAGGAAUGGCCAAGGUUAUUCCUGUCCCUUUGCUUUCUCUCUUUACAGGUUACGAACUAGAAACAAUGGUGUGUGGAAGUCCGGAUAUUCCCAUUCAACUCUUGAAAGCAGUUGCCACAUACAAAGGUAUCGAAAGUGACGCCCCUCUGGUCAGAUGGUUUUGGGAAGUGAUGGAAGAAUUUUCUAAUACAGAACGAUCACUGUUCCUUCGAUUCGUGUGGGGUCGGACGAGACUACCAAGAACUAUUGCAGAUUUUCGUGGACGAGAUUUUGUUUUACAGGUUCUGGACAAAUAUAACCCACCAGAUAACUUUCUACCUGAGAGUUACACAUGCUUCUUUCUGCUGAAGAUGCCAAGAUAUUCAUGCAAAGCGGUGUUGCGCGAGAAACUCAAAUAUGCGAUUCACUUCUGCAAGUCCAUAGACACAGACGAUUACGCUCGAGUGGCCCUCAAUGACGGGGAAGUGGGCAUCGAAGGCAACAGUUCGGCCGACAGUGUCAGCGACGACGUAGACAGUCUGGCUUCCGAGGAACCACUCGUCGAUUCUGUCUCUGUCAAUUCUCAGUGAGACGCUCCUCACAAUCCACGCUGUGAUAUAUUCUAGUCAGACGUUCGUUACUCUCAUUUAACCGUCUUCGAGAGCGGUUAAAACAGAUCCGUGUGACUGUAACAUAUUGCUUUGUAAAUAAAUAAAUAAAUUUAAAAAAAACAUUCCCAAAAAAUUUAAUUUAUAUAUUAACUGUUAGAAAACGGUAAGUUUGCUUGUUUUUUAAUCAAAGAAGAAAGGUUUUUAUUCAAUUAUCAAUUGUAUAUUUAAGGUACGGUUAAUCGAGUGUGGAGAUUUGUAUCGUCGCUACAUAAACUUAUUUCAUUUUUUUAUCUAUGCUUGCUUGUAC